ACUUUCAACUCCCCCUCCACGUCGAAACACAAUUUACCCACGCAUACGCACACGCACAACUUCACGCUAUCGUCCUCGCGGCCCAGUCAUACUGAGAUUGAGCUCCGAACAAGCCCACUACUCCAAAACCUCACCAACAUGGCAGACGACGAAGGUGCCUCCCCCAAAGAACUUCUCCUCGAAGCAUGCCGCCGUAACAACACAACCCUCCUCUCCGAAGUCUUCUCAGGCAGCUCCCUCAAAUCUAACCCCGACGCAAUCGCAAAAUUCCUCAACACGACCACAGAUGCUCUAGGCGCCAGCGCAUUGCACGUCGCAGCAACAUACGGUUCAUACGAAGUAUUAGACAUGAUCCUCGAUCAAGAAGGCGUAGAAAUCGAUGGACAAGAUCGACGAGAAGGCGAUACACCAUUACACAGUGCAGUGCGAUUCAGCAAUGGGUUGAGUAAAGAGGAGUGGGAGCAUGGUAGAGCUGUGGUGGAUAUAUUAGUUGAUGCGGGGUGUGAUCCAAGAAUACGAAACAAGGCCAAACUGAAGCCUAUAGAUCUGGUCGAUCCACGGAAUACGGAACUGCGGACUGCGUUGCAGAAGGCUGAGCUCACAACGGUCGCGUCGAGUGAUCUCGUCGAUGAGGAUGCAGACGAUGGGCACGAUGGGCCAGGGAGCGACAGUGAUUAGAGCAUUCACGCGAUUUCGUGCCGUGAACCGGCAUGAGCAAAGACAAAAGUGUCCUGCAAUGAGGAGGCAAUGAAGCCUGGAGCCUAGAGCUGGUCUCGAAUGCGCUCCGAGUGAAAGGCGAAAGAACACUGCUUUUGCGAACACACCACAACACGUGGCCAGCAGUGUAAGCUUCCACAUACUCAAGAAAUAGGGCGGAGGCGUCAUCAUCGGCAGCUUCGCAGCCUUCGAUAUGCACUGGAGAAGUCAAGGUGGCUGAUCUCUGCCACUGUCAUGCUGAUAUCUUUGCGCCGCAUCAAGCUAUCACGGACGAGAGAUAUAGAUUGUAGAAAUCAUGUCGCGCUUGUUUGUCAGUGAGUCGACCAG